CAGAGGGAUGAAAGUGCCAAGAAUCAACAGCCUUCUCCCUGGAGGACCAUGCCACCGACCCAUCAGCCUUUCCAAGGGACGAGCAGCUCACCCCGCAGCCUAUUCAAUUUCAGUAGGACUUAUGGCCCUCGUAAUGCCCAGUACAAACACACGCCCAGAAGAAGGUGGGGUCGAGGUUACCAGUCCACCCAGCUCAGUCGUCCCAUCCAGCACAAUGGAAGCCACAUGAGUGGCCCUAAUGGUGGAGUUCCACAUGACCAGGAUCUCUUGCCCUAUGUUGAUCUGUCAAAUCCCAGAAAUUCUUUUCACACCCAGCCUCGUGCCAGCUAUGACAGCAGCUCCAUAUGUUCUUCUGAACAGGAGCACUACCCCCAGCCCAAUCCAGGUUAUUUUUCUCCUGCCCCAGAUCACGUGGGCCAUGACAGCAGGCCCAUAUGUUCUGAACAGGAGUGCUACCCCCAGCCCAAUCCCGGUUAUUUUUCUCAUGCCCCAGAUCAUGUGGGCCGUGGCAGUUGGCCCAUAUGUUCUGAACAAGAACGCUACAGUAAUUAUUCUCACAUCCCGCUUCAUGCUGGCUAUGAAACGAGGCCCGUAAGUGUGAUUGAACCGGAGCAUCACCCUCAACCCAGUCCAAGUUAUUCUUGUGGCCCAAAUAGUAUUGGCUGUGAUAGCAGAUCCAUACAUUUUUUGGAAGAGGAGCAAUGUGUCCAAUCCUAUCUUGGUAAUGAUUCUCACACCCUCCAAGAUGGCAGGCCCACACGUUUUGCUGAACAGGAAGCAAGACUCCAGUUCCAUCCCAGCAGUUCCUCUCAUGUCCCAGAAGAUGCUGGCUAUGCCAGCAGGCCCAUAAAUUCUGUUGAACAGGAGCAAGGUCUUCCCUCCUUUCCCCAUGAUUAUUCUCCUGUCUCACAUGGUGCUGGUUGUGACAGCAGGAUCAUAGGUUUGCCUGAGCGGGCUCUGUGGCCCCCACUUAAUCCUAGGAGUGAUGUUCUUGUCCAGCACGACGCUAGGAAUGGCCCAUGGUCCACAGAUGGAGAUGAAGAUGAUGCAGGCUUUCCACUGCACAUGGAAGGAGAAAUCCAUCACAAUGGCUUCUGGCUGGACUUCUUUACUCACAGAGGCGGCAGGGCCCCUUACAGGUUGCUACGCAGAGGACCCCGAAGAGGGUCCCGUAAGAUGCCAGCAAGGCGCCGUCAACAAGCCUACGAUCGACGCCAUGCCUCUGCCCCCUAUGCCAAGAACUGGAAUAGCACCAGGAACCCUUGUUAGUGUUGCCCCUGUGAGAAGAUACAAACCCACACAACGUGGGGGAAAGUCGAUUCUGAUUCUUUUCAUGAUGGAUUUUACUGAGAUUUUACUACCAACUUGAAUGAAGACGAAGAGCCCUGAAAGAACAUCCUGUUUUGUGGCAAGAUUAGAGAGACUCGCAGAGAAGCCAGCUUUGUUCAGCUCCCUGGGUUUCCUCCCUUCGGCUUCCUUUUUUAACCAGCCAUCUGAAAUGCCACCUGUGGCUGGCCACGUGUGGACUGAAGGGCUUUCGUUUCCCCUGCUGGCUGGGAGGAGGGACACAGCUGGUGGCCUUUCGCUUCCCCGUUUGGCAUCAGGUCCUCCUGCAGGGCCAAUAGAGUUGGGAUGUGAAACGCCGGUAGCUGUUAAACCCACAUGUGUUCCAGAAGUCCAGAAGGGCAGCGAUGAUAACCCUCUGGGGGAGAUGGGUGGCAUAUAAAUUUAAUAAAUAAAUAAGCCAACCAGCCCACCAGGGCAACUGAUUAAGGCAUAUUUGAGGGUAAAGGCAUACAACAGCAGUCCAUGCAAGGUAUUCAGUAAUGACAGUUAGCACUUAUACAGAACCCAGGAGCAGUUAGCAGUCUAGGAGGAAUUGCAUGUCAAACCUUUGGGGUCUGGGAAAGGGGGCAAUAGAGGUCAGGCAGGAAGAUCCCCCCCCUUCUCUUUUCCUGGGCUGAGCGCAGGGGAAGAAGGGAGGGGAGUCUUUAGCAUAAUGGCUGGUGAUGAACAGCUGAUGAUGAUUCUAAAAAUAGGAUGUUACUGCAGCAGGAUAACCUUGAACACUGGAAUUAGAUUAUUGCUGUGUCUGCUUCGUUCAUAUUCAGCAUCAACGCAUUAUAAGGGGUGCGCGUGCACAAGUAUCUUCGCUUGGCUUAAAUAAGGAGGUUCAAAGGUUCGGCAUACUGUGGUUCUUAUUUGGUGACUUCUGCUUGCCCUUAAGGAGAGUCUGCAUCUUACAAGAGUUAAUCAGGGUGGGGAGCAUUGAGAAUUCACAGGAAAUGCUUGUAGAUGCAUGAAUCUUGGGAACGCCUUGCCUGGAUUUUCAUACUGGAAAGGCUCCUGUGCUUUUGCCAAGCUAGACGAGAGCCUCCCCAUGCAACAGCAGGCUAUCUUUGCCCAACAGAGGCAAAGCUGCUUGAUAAGCCUUGUUGCAGUUGAGAAAGAGGCAUGAUGCAGUAACGUCCUACGGGGGCAAAGCCCUCCCACCACCUCCUCUAUCUCCUCCUUUCCCACUCAUGACUUCUUUAUUAAAUUUAUAUUUAUUAAAUUUAUAUGCCACCCAUCUCCCCCAGAGGGAGUUAGAUAAGAUGCUGGAGGUCAUCUUACACAGCCAACAUGAAGGCAGUGAACUGGCAUCGAAGAAGGAUUCUCCAUCCCAAAGGAUCAGAACUCUUUCUAUUGCGCUAAAAUACAGCACAACUGCCUUGAUUCCUAAUUCCUGUUACGGAUAAUGUGAGGCUACGCAGAAGAGAAGUUGGAGCUGGUUUGCGUUCAGGCACAAAUAAAGAAUAUUGCCAAUUGUAGGGUGGUUCCUAAGUGGUGGAAAGUUAUUUAGCAAUUAUCCUGAAUGUAGAUAUUCUUGUUCCUUCAACUAUAUCUGCCCUUGUCUUGUUGAGCAUCAGCAAUGAAUCCUGCAGAUGGGGAAGUGGAGAGAUGUUGCAACAGCCUUUGGCCUUAAAUUGUUUGUUCAUAGCUUGGUCAGAGUCCAACAUUAAGCCAAAUUUGGGUGCUAUAUGGUGAGGGGACCUGGUAACCUAUUUGUCAAAGUUGCUGUGAGUUGAGUGGCCUAUGAAUUUUGUUUAUAACUAAAUAUAAAUA